GAUGACUUCCUGAGAUACUGGACCAACAUGUGACUUCUGGGGAAGCUGCUGAACCCCAUCAGCCACCCCUAUUCUUUCCUUCAGCUUUGGCUUUAUGCCCCAGUGCACCCCGCUGCCCUGUGGGCCCGUGACUUCAUUCACUUUGAUUAGCUCAGCUUGUCCAAAUUACCAGUUACGCCCACUUUCUAAUUUCUUUCUGCCCUAGGCUGUGGCUGUAGUAAGUUCACUGCGUUCUCCAUAAAGAUAGUUAUCACUUCAGUAUUUCAAAACCGUAACCAUCUAUUAUUUGAAGCCAGCUGCCAGAGAGAUCACAGCAGCCAUGAAACGUCGGGGAAAAGCAGCAAACAGAAGCAAGCCUUCCAAAACCAUGGAAGCAGAGUGCGGGCAGGUCACACCCAGGUGCGUCCUGUUCUCCCUGGCAGCCCCGUCCCAGUCAGACCAGCUGGGGAGCACAGAGUCAAAAGAGGCUUCACCUGGAGACGCCCAGAGUUGAGAUCUGGGGUUAGAAAAGAACACAAUGGCAACUUCCUUUAGACAUCCUGGAAAAAACCAGUGUCAGCUGCUCCCGCCUCCCUUUGACGUGGAUGUGAACAAACUGGGCGACUCCCUGCGCGGGCGCACAGCGCUACAAGAACAGGCCGGUGGCCAGACAGACCGACACACAGACAAGAGACCUGAAGACACCCCAUCAGACAGACACCGACACACAGGAUGCAGCCAGCGCCCUGCAAGGCCAGGCCAGGCCUAGGGACCACUGUGAGGUGCUGGCCCUGGAGGCGCGCACCCCAGUCGGGGUCCCAGGACCUCCCAGCCUCGGCCUGGGGUCUCUGCACACCGCGCCACCCCGUCCCCAGUCCCCCAGUGCUCAGUGCGCGCGCAGGGACGGCCCCGCCAGACGCGCGACACACCGGGAGCCCGGAUGCCGCCGCGGACGCGGAGGCCCGCACCCCGGACUGCGAACACGACAGAUGCCCACGCCCCGGGUCCGGGUCGGGCCCCGCAGACACCCACCGAGCUCCUCGCAUCCCGCCGCCUCCGCCGGCGCCGGCGCUUCCAUCCCUCGGGGGUCUCCAGGUCGCCGCCGCCCGCUCUGCCGCCCGCACUGCCGAGCAUGCGCAGAGCCGCCCCGAGGGGCGGGGCCCGGCCGGCCUCGACCGCAGCCCACGAAGGACUGCGCCUCGCGGGGUGACAGGCGCGAUUCCGAGAGACCGGGGAAUCUGAACCCCGGGCUUCGCGUGCCGGAAAACUGGGCCUCGGGCCGCGCAGAAAGCGGGCAGCCUGCAACUCCGACGGUCGACGGUCGGUCUUCCUCCAUCCCCGUUUACACUCUCAGCAUCUUAGGACAGCUGAAGCUAGGGUUGAGGCAAAGGGAGGUGCCCCGCGCUGUCAAGCACUGCACACAUGGCCGCGUGGUUCUGUGGGCACCGGAGAGACGGCGCGAUGCUGGAACCCACUGUGCUCACUGUCCACGCACAGGAUGUCACCUCACCACCCACAGUGAGCCAGUGAAGGACAGCAUGGAACCGCCACUGCAGCGGGGACUCCCGGCCUGCACGCUAAGCUGGCCUCUCGUGGACCCCAAUAAAUACAUGAUGAAUCCACAGGGGAAAAAACACGCUUCUGAUUAGGAAAAUAGUUUUGAGACUGAAAACUGUGUGGUGGCUUACUCAGAUAAUCCAACGCUGGGAAGAAGAGGUAGGCAGGUUUCUGUGAGUUCAAAGCCAGCCUCCGCUACAUAGAAAGUUCCAAGACACCCAAGGCUACAUGCACAGACCCUGCCUUACCAUAAAAUUAAAAUUUGAAAGAAUACCACGGUGGCACAUGCCUGUAAUCCUAGCACU